AGGGCCGCCUUCUCCAGGCAGUAUCCGUCCGACAUCUACAACUACGGCGGGUACUCCUCGCAGCACUUCUACGGCGACGCCCACGCCCACCACCACGCCCUUUACACCAACAGCCAAAUGGAUUACCAGAGGCGCGCCCGCAGUGGGGCGACUCCAAGUUUUUCUUCACCGGGCAGCGGCGGUGCUGGCGGCGCCGUUCCAGCAGCCGACACGUCGAAACAUUUUCUCAGCACGAAGGAGCCGGAACGACCGUGCGCGUCUCCAGCCAAAUCGAAAGACGACAGCGACAAGGUGAGCAAGCGUCGUGAGAAGACCCUGGUAGACGACGAACUGACCGGUCACAAGACGUGCAGUGUGGCCAAGCCGACGGCGAGCAGCCUCCUGGACGCUGAGCCC